AUGCCUGGCGCAGCCGUUUCCGCUGUGCCCGUGCCCGCCACUGCGUCUCCAACGCCCGCCUCGCGAAAGACCUCACUCGCACCAGAGAGGAAGUACAAGUGCCAGUACUGCUCCCGUGCCUUCAGCAGGAGCGAGCACCGAAGCAGACAUGAGCGCUCUCACACGAAGGAGCGGCCAUUCAAGUGCAUGAAGUGCAGGAGCACAUUCGUGCGCCGCGAUCUUCUCCUGCGACAUGAUCGAACCGUUCACGCCAAGGAUGGAGGCAUCCCUCUCCAUAGUGAUGGCAAGCGCCGUGGUGGUCCCAAGCCCAAGACGGUUGCUGCUGCUGCCAAGCCUGAACUGGGUCUCGACGACUCUGCUCUAGAGCAAAUGGGUGGUGGUGGCGACAACGGCUUCGAUGUCGAGACUGCAGCCAUGCUAGUUGCUGAUCUUCAUCAUAAGGCGACUGCUGUCAUGCACGGCAACAGCGGAUCCUACGAGACUGGUCAAGUUCCGUUUGCUCAGAACGGCGACGCCAUCAUGGACCCUCCGACUGUUACCUAUCCGAACGGCGCGAUUGGCCUUCCUACCCAGUGGGACGCAUUCCACGGGGAGCACAAGAACUCCGCGCUCGCCUCAGCCAAUGGAUCGUUUGCUUCUCAGCACUCGCUUGCUACCAGUGCCAGCACUGUCCAGCCCCAGUCGAGCUCCAUGUUUUCCCGACAAGCCAACGGUCAUGACUCUAUGACCUCGCAGUCGCUCGCCAACUCGACCCAGACCUCUACUGCCGGCACGCCUCUCUCACAGGGCGCUCACGGCCUCGGCGAGGCUCGUCAGACGUCGGCUGGGUUCAAGGCCCCUCAGUUGAAGAGUGAUGAGGAACGUAGCAUGAUCCAGGAGAACAUCCGCAGCACUGAUGCCGAGCGUGCCAUCCCUGACGGCUUCCGUCUGCCGAACCUCGCCUGCCUCAACCGGUAUCUUUCGACCUACUUUGGCAUGUUCCAUCAUCACCUGCCCUUCCUCCACCCGGCCUCGUUCGAGCCGACCAAGGUCUCGCCUGCUCUGCUCUUGACUGUACUGUCCAUCGGUGCGCUCUACGCCUUCGACCAAGAGCAGGCUUACAUGCUGCACGUCGGUAGCAAGAUCCUGGUCAACCAGUUCCUUCAGAACAAGGAGAACUUCAGCUCUCGCAAGUGCCCACUGUGGGCUAUGCAAGGCUCCCUGCUGAACAUGAUCUUCGCGAGUUGGAGUGGUGACCCCAAGGGCCUGGAAUGGGCUUGUUCGAUCAAGAGUCUCCUGGCGAACAUGGUUGCUGGUAACCGCUACGAGUUGAAGUUGAGACAGGAAGCCCGUGAGGGCCGCCUGCCGACGCGUGCGGAGUGGGUCGAGGAUGAAGGCUGCAGGCGCACGUACUACGCGGUCUACAUCUUCUUCGGCCUCCUGACGCUGUCUUUCAACCACACGCCAGCCAUCAGUUUCAACGAGUUUGAGGACCUGCACCUGCCCUCAACGGAAGCUCUCUGGAACAUGACGGUGUCCGACGAGGUAGCCUGGCAGGAACAGCUGGGCGUUUCGGCGGGCAUGACGUUCAUGGAGGCGCAUGAGAAGCUGUUCCAGGGCGAGGCGCUCAAGUACAGUGCCUUUGCCACCCGUGUGAUGAUCAACGCGCUCUUCCUUGAGGUCUGGUAUCACAAGCGCAGCCCUGAGGCUCUCCAGGAUGUGGUCACUGAGUACAAGCUCAGGCUUGCUCUCGAGACGUGGGAGAAAUCUCUCGAUCUCUGCGAGCCCGAGGCUGCUACCGUGCCCAUCAUCUCGCCUCACAAGGGCCACCCCCUGAUUUUCAAUGCUACGGCCAUGUUCCGCAGCGCCCGAGCUCGACUUGAAGUCGACCUCAAGACCGUCCAGGAAGCUCUUCGUUACCAUGAUUCGUACGAAGUCGCUGCGGCGAUGUCAGGCGCGCGGGACCGGGUCAAGCGCUCUUCGGAGAUGAUCAAGGUCAUCCAAGAGUGUUAUGACUGCAUUGAGACUGCGGUGGUCCAGGGCGUCCGCUGGGUUGCCCGCACCUCUCCGACCAACUGGAGCAUUGAGCACCCUCUCUGCGGCAUGGAUCUCAUGAUCAUCCUCAGCCUCUGGCUCUACCGUCUGGAACAUGACGAAGAGCCAGCCACCGAUGAGGAGAUGGUCAUGUACAACAAGAUUCGGAAGCUGUUUGAGAAGGACCUGGAGCAGCACUACAUCUCCCAGCUGGGCUCAAUUGUGGCCCGUCUGUGGGGCUCCAUGCUUGACGAGGUGGUCGUCUGGGGAAUGACCCGACUGAUGGGCGAGUCUUUCCGUCUCCACGCGCAGGCCCUUUGCGGCUACGUCGAUGACAUUGAGAUGUCUUCCAACGUCUCGACGCCGUCUAUGACCUCGCAGGGAGCUGACGCAGACAGCGUGUAUUGA